AUGCGAGGAGUGAGCGGCGAUGGACUCAGAGCCAUCGGGGCAGGCAAUAGACGCAACGCUAGUGGGCGGGACGCGCACAGCGAGAAAGUGCCGGGCCUUCCUCGACCCCCAGGGUGCGCCGUGGUAUCGCUCACCGUGAGGGACGGCUCGGGCUUCACAUAUAGGGAUGCGAUGUCGGUGGUGAAGAGGGAAGUCAAGUUCUACGAACUCGAUAUCACGGAGCUAAGACCGAGGAGGGCGAUCACAGGGGCGCUACUGUUUGAAAUCCCAGGCCAGGAUGCUAGGAGCGAAGCAUCGCGACUAGCCGAGCGGAUGGCGGCCACGCUGAAGGAUUUACCCGCCAAGGUAACCGUGCGGCGAAGGACGGCUGAGCUAAGAGUGACCGGACUGGAGGACUCGGUCACCCCGGAGGAGGUGGCAGCCGCCGUUGCUGAGGCCGGGGACUGCCAGGCCGAUAAGGUCAACGUGGGAGUCAUACGUUCCGCUCCUCGGGGCCUCGAGUCGGUAUGGCUACGCUGCCCGCUGACAGCGGCCAGGAAAAUCAGCAGAGGAAGAGGUGCAUGGAGUCGGGUCACGUGCGCUGGGAUUGCACAUCGACGGCCGACCGGAGCGCUGGUACCCAUGUGUCCGGUGUGCGCGGACCUGGGAAUGCCCGCGUCCCACCAUAUGGGGUCACCGGCAUGCAAACCGCCUGCCCGUAAGAGGAGGACCGCACAGGAAGCAAAGACCAUUUCAGGCAACGGUGGGGACGCGGCGAAGAGGAAGGAAACGAUACCGCCGUCAACUGACCCCAUGAGGGACAGAAGAGAGGACAGAGAAGGUGGACACAACGAAGGUAAGGGGAACGGCCCCGAGGAGGCUAUGGAGACGGACCUGAGCGGAAGAAGAGGAGGAGGACAACCGCCCCUGCAGCGCAAUCUCAACCGUUCCCGCCGGGCUCAGGACUUAAUGUUCCAGAGCCUGACGGAGCGGCGUAUCGCUCUGGCGGCAGUGGCCGAGCCGUACAGCAUUCUCGACGCGUCACGAGACGCUGAGGAUCUGAUCGGUUCGGUCGCCGUGUUCUGGACCGGGAUCGCGGGGAGCCCCUCCUGCUCAGUGAUCGAGCGGGCACGGGGCUUUGUGGCCGUGAAAUGGGGCGACCGGGCAGUGGUGGCCGUCUACGUGUCGCCCAACAUCAGCCGGACAGAAUACGCCUCCUCCCUGGACGGGCUCGCGGCUUGCACGAGGCGCUUGGGUGCCUGCCCGUCACUGGUCCUCGGGAGCUUCAACGCCCACUCAACGGCGUGGGGCACCCGCAGGACCAACGGAAGGGGGCGCGACGUACAGGACUGGGCGGCCGCACUCGACCUGCGGCUUAUGAACCGGGGGUCGUCCAGUACGUGCGUGGCGUGGCGGGGAGAGUCCAUAGUGGACUUCACAUGGGCAAACCCUGGCGCAUCCCGCCGUGUUUCUGGUUGGGGGGUCUCCCCGAAGCUAACCCUCUCGGACUACCUCUACAUCUUCAUGGAGGCGGCGGUUGGCAGCGUGAUGGGCGACCGUUCGUUGGGUGCGCGCGGGCUCAUCAGCCCACCGGGAAGGAGAAGAAGAUUCCCGCGGUGGGCGGUGACCCGCCGCCACGAGGACUUCAUGGCGGCGGCCGCUAUAGCCGUCGCUUGGCGGCGGGUGGACGAAGACACGGUGGCUCGUCUGUACGAGGCCUACAGCGAAGCGCGAAGGCUCCUGCAACGAGCCAUCAAGGAGGCGAAGAGACGGGCCUGGGGCGGGCUUCUGGCCAGCCUCGACUCUGACCCCUGGGGGCGCCCUUACAAACUGGUAUUGAACAAACUCCGCCCAUGGGCGCCUCCCUUAACGGAGAGCAUGGACCCUCGAUUCCUGGACAAGGUCGUCAGCACCGUGUUCCCGGGAGCAGCGAACGAGGGAGAUGGCAGCCCUACCGAAGAGGAGGAGCAGGAGCCUCAACCGCCAGAAGAAGAACCACGUGUCUCCGCGGGAAGGUGA